AUGUGGCGCUUCUUUAGUGAAUUAUUGGGAAUGUUUUUACUGCUCGACAUAUGCUGCCAGUUGCAAUCCACACUUUGUUGAGGCAACAAGAUGCGGUUAUCUACGGCUUUGCUAUUCGCUCUAAUUGCAAUUGUGCUGACGCUGGAAGCUUCAGGCGCAGCUACAGCGAAACCGAGGAGUUUGAUGGAGCAGCAGUUGAUGCUGGUGCGGAAUGCACAGGAGCAACAACAGCGUAGCCUGUUGAAUGUGGAAUUUAAGUUAAAUCGGGUGAUCAGCAAAUUGCUCUCUUUUACGCACAUUAGGCCAGGCGACUCUCUGAGAGAAUUGGCUGGUAACCUAAGCAAAGCGCUAGAUAGUUGGGGACAAACGCAGGAUCGUAUCAACCAAUUACAGUUAAGCUUUCAGUGGAAGAAUGAGCUCGCUCAAAAAAUGGAAGAAAUGCACUCAAUGCUGGCGCUGCUGGUGACCAAAAGUCAAGUCCCUCGGGAAUGGCAGAGACAAAAUGAAAAUGGCGCAUUGGAAACGGAAAGCGAGCAAAUGUCAGAGAUUAAGGCGACAAAGGAAAGUAACCAAGCAAGUGUGGAGUAUUUGCAGCCAGCUAAGGCGGACUGCGCCGAGCUGGAUGACCAACAGCGUGUGGAUGGUGUUUACAAAUUCCUGGAACCUGAGCUGAAUGAGAAGCAGCGCGAUUUGAAUGAACGUUAUUGCGCGUUUGCCACGACUGGAGCCGCGUGGACCGUGAUACAGCGACGCACGGAGCAGCUGGAGAAUUUCAAUCGCAGCUGGGAUGAGUAUCGGUCAGGUUUUGGCAGUUUGGAGAGCGACUUUUGGUUUGGCAACGAAUUCAUACACCGACUUGUCUAUCGCGACGAUUACGAGCUGCGUAUUGAGUUGCAGGAUCAGCUCGAUGUUAAAGUGUGGGCUGAAUAUGCUAUUUUUCGGCUAGAUAGCGAAAGUUUCAACUAUCAAUUGGUGAUUGGCAAAAUGGAUGACAACAGCAGCACGUCCGAUGCUCUCAGCUAUCAUAAUGGCAUGGAUUUCAGGUCCAGCGACUGGGAUGGUGGCUGCUCUGGCUGGUGGUUUGAUCGCUGCCUGGAAGCUCAAUCCAAUUUAAAUGGACAGCGUAUUAUAUGGGGCAACUCGCGCAACGAAUAUUUGAUAAAAACAUCGCGUAUGCUAAUACGGCCGCGUUCCUUAAAUUCGUUAAAUACCGACGAAGUGUAUGACGAGGACUCCGCGUAUGGCUUUUAGUUUCAAAAAUAGUACCAGCGAUAAAUUGAAAAAUGAAUUUCAGAUUUAAGUGUAUUUCGUGGUACGUACUAGAAUACUGCUACAAAUAAACGUUACCGCCAAGUUGUUACUUUUGCUGAACGCAUCCAUAGCAGCAUAGUAUGAA